AUGAAUGACUUGGACCAUUCAACGCCCUUGGCGGAGGACAGUCUUUCGCAGAAAUACCCCACGGCAGGUAUCAAAAUCACCACUUGCUCACAAGCGAAACGCCAAGGUAGGCGCUUCAUUUGAAUGCCAUGCCACUUCAUGCGACAGCUCAUCAAUUACGAAGUGACCGAAUACAAAUUCCGAACUGCAGAAGUGCUCAGUAGAGCUUUCCGUACCGAUCCAGUCAUUCGUUUUUUGACAUCAUCCCUCUCGGACGAGGCUCACAAUGCUUACUUGGAAAGCUACAUGCACACCUUGGUAAAAGCGGCGAUACUGAACGACGCCAAGUUGGAGGAAGCAGAAGGUUGGCAGUGCGUAGCUGUCUGGAUGCCGCCUCGCAAGCGCGUCGAUAAUAUCGCAACCAUAGUGCCAGCCGGAUUCAUUCCUGUCGUAGCGAGGUUGGGCCUUGGCGGCGCCAAGGUAUGUGUGAUCUGUUAUUGUCACAUGCUACUUUUGUGGUGGUUCUGGGAGCUGAUCAGGCUUUCAUGGGCAAGAGAAUGCUUUGGGACUUCCAAGCCCAAUCGGAUAAGAUGAAGAAGAAGCACCUGCAGGGAAUCAAAGACUAUUGGUACCUUUUCUUCAUUGCGACGGAAGAGGAAGCAAGAGGACAGGGCCUUGCGACCCGGAUCAUUGCCAGGUAUCAGAAUUUUGCCGCGAAGGACGGGCUGCCAAUAUGGCUGGAGGCAACGACUGCUCACUCGCGAGACAUAUAUCUCAGAUGCGGUUUCAAGCAGCUCGAUCAGCUGGUCAUGGGGAAGGGCACACAUGCAAGCACUGGCAAGCAGGAGAGAGGCGGGUCUGGCGUCAAGCUGUGGCCUAUGAUUUGGAAACCAGAAUCCAUCAGCAAAGCUAUAAAUGGCAAUUGA